UUGUGAAAUAUUUAAAAAAAAAAAAAAAACGUGAAAAAGCAUUAUUUCAAUAACCCGAUAUUAAAUGUGAAGUGGGCAAAUUUGGAUUAGAAUUACUGGAAGAUAUUAACGAGUAACAUCGAGCUCAUCGAACUUCAUCAAUACUAUAACCGAGAUCGAUGAUUUAUCACAGAAUGGAACUCUGUCAGAAUCGCGAGAAAAUAAACAAUGACGUUUAUGAUCUUUGUCGGACGCGCUCGCUUUCGAAUGAGAAUGAAGCCUAUCCAAACGAUAAUGAGCGAAGCGACAGAUCACCGAUUGUCAAUCGGGAAUCUAUCGAAUAUGUAUCAGAUUCCAGUUGCGAAGGUUACAGGGAGUUUCAAAAACAGCAGACCGAAAGAAGAAAUUUAUCCCCGAUUGCCGCGUCUAGUGCUUUCACGAUCGACAGUAUCCUCGGAAGAAAUGAGAAGAGAGAUGAAACUUCGAGAAUAGAUAGUUCUGGUGAUAAAGAAGAGGAUCAGGAAGAAAUGGACGAUAGGAUUGAGGGACAUUUCGUUAGACCAACAGCGAUACCAGCCACACGUCCUGAUUUAGAAGGAGCUUUAUACACUCAUGCGGGAUUUCCGUAUCCUGAAGGCGCUUUAACUGACUCUUCGGCAUAUUCCGCAACGUCACUUGCAUCGGCCUCAUUAUUGUAUAGUAGUUGGUUUGCUCAAACAAAACCUGGACAACUAUUUGGCUUACAAGCACCCAAACCGAGCGGUAGAAGGUCGAGGAAACCGGGUAUCGAUCGAAAACCGCGUCAAGCUUAUAGUGCGAAACAAUUGGAAAGACUCGAGGCAGAAUUUAAGAUCGAUAAAUAUCUCAGCGUGAGCAAGCGCAUGGAGUUGUCCAAGUGUCUGAAUCUUACCGAGGUGCAGAUCAAGACGUGGUUCCAGAAUCGCCGCACGAAAUGGAAGAAGCAGCUGACGUCGCGGCUGAAGAUCGCCCAACGGCAGGGACUUUUCCCACCGACGUACUUUCCGACAAGCCAGUAUCCUCUAUUGCCGUAUUACGCGGCGCCUUUGAUGUUCGGAGGUCCGUUGUCGGAUGACGCGAACUCUAGCUUGCCGACUCGAUCCACUGUAUCCUCCUCAGAUACGGUCUGACGCAGCACAGACUCGAACUACUUGGUCGAUUGUCGGCCGGACGACCGCGAAGUGCAAUAAGACCUUCUGUUGGCCAUUGCAAAG